AUGUCCAACAGCAGCUCCAUCACCCACUUCCUCCUCCUGGCCUUCGCAGACACAUGGGAGAUGCAGCUCUUGCACUUCUGGCUCUUCCUGGGCAUCUACCUGGCUGCCCUCCUGGGAAACGGCCUCAUCAUUACCGUCAUAGCCUGCGACCACCGCCUCCACACCCCCAUGUACUUCUUCCUCCUCAACCUCUCCCUCCUUGACCUGGGAUCCAUCUCCACCAGUAUCCCCAAAGCCAUGGCCAAUUCACUCUGGGACACCAUCUCCUAUGCUGGAUGUGCCGCCCAAGUCUUUCUGGUUAUCUUUUUCACGUCAGCAGAACUGUAUCUAAUCACCAUCAUGGCCUAUGACCGCUACAUUGCCAUCUGCAAACCCCUGCACUACGGGACCCUCCUGGGCAGCAGAGCUUGUGUCCACAUGGCAGCAGCUGCCUGGGGCAGUGGGUUCCUCUACGCUCUUCUGCACACGGCCAAUACAUUUUCCCUCCCAGUCUGUCAUGACAAUGCUGUGGACCAGUUCUUCUGCGAAAUCCCCCAGAUCCUCAAGCUCUCCUGCUCAGAUGCCUACCUCAGGGAAGUUGGGCUUAUUGCGUUUAGUGCCUAUGUAGGCUUCGUGUGUUUUGUUUUCAUUGUGGUGUCCUAUGUGCAGAUCUUCAGGGCCGUGCUGAGGAUCCCCUCUCAGCGGGGACGGCACAAAGCCUUUUCCACAUGCCUCCCUCACCUGGCUGUGGUCUCCCUGUUCGUCAGCACAGGUAUGUUUGCCUACCUGAAGCCCCCCUCCAUCUCCUCCCCAUCCCUGGAUCUGGUGGUGGCAGUGCUGUACUCAGUGGGGCCUCCAGCAGUGAACCCCCUCAUCUACAGCAUGAGGAGCCAGGAGCUCCAGGCUGCUGUGUGCAAACUGAUGAUAUACAGUUUAUUUCUUUUGGAAAAAAAACAGUCAUGA